UAACCCGAGCCGCCUCCGCAGUCGCGGGGAUCGAGCGGGCUCGCGGCGCUGGGCUCCUGGUCUCCAGGCCAGGGCAAUGUUCCGCACCGCAGUGAUGAUGGCGGCCAGCCUGGCGCUGACCGGGGCCGUGGUGGCUCAUGCCUACUACCUCAAGCACCAGUUCUACCCCACUGUGGUGUACUUGACCAAGUCCAGCCCCAGCAUGGCAGUCCUCUACAUCCAGGCCUUUGUCCUUGUCUUUCUCUUGGGCAAAGUGAUGGGCAAGGUGUUCUUUGGACAGUUGAGGGCAGCAGAGAUGGAGCACCUUCUGGAACGUUCCUGGUACGCUGUCACUGAGACUUGUCUGGCCUUCACCGUCUUUCGGGACGACUUCAGCCCCCGCUUUGUUGCACUCUUCACUCUCCUUCUCUUCCUCAAGUGUUUUCACUGGCUGGCUGAGGACCGUGUGGACUUUAUGGAACGCAGCCCCAAUAUCUCCUGGCUCUUUCACUGCCGCAUUGUCUCCCUUAUGUUCCUCCUGGGUAUCCUGGACUUCCUCUUCGUCAGCCAUGCCUAUCACAGCAUCCUGACCCGUGGGGCCUCUGUGCAGCUGGUGUUUGGCUUUGAGUAUGCCAUCCUGAUGACUAUGGUGCUCACCAUCUUCAUCAAGUAUGUCCUGCACUCUGUGGACCUCCAGAGCGAGAACCCCUGGGACAAUAAGGCCGUGUACAUGCUCUACACGGAGCUGUUUACAGGCUUCAUCAAGGUUUUGCUCUACAUGGCCUUCAUGACUAUCAUGAUCAAGGUGCACACCUUCCCUCUCUUUGCCAUCCGGCCUAUGUACCUGGCCAUGAGGCAGUUCAAGAAGGCUGUGACGGAUGCCAUCAUGUCUCGCCGAGCCAUCCGCAACAUGAACACACUGUAUCCAGAUGCCACCCCAGAGGAACUCCAGGCAAUGGACAAUGUCUGCAUCAUCUGCCGAGAAGAGAUGGUGACUGGUGCCAAGAGGCUGCCCUGCAACCACAUUUUCCACACCAGCUGCCUGCGCUCCUGGUUCCAGCGGCAGCAGACCUGCCCUACCUGCCGUAUGGACGUCCUCCGGGCAUCACUGCCGACCCAGUCACCACCGCCCCCAGAACCUGCGGAUCAAGGGCCACCGCCAGCCGCUCACCCCCCACCACUCCUGCCGCAGCCCCCCAACUUCCCCCAGGGCCUCCUGCCUCCCUUUCCUCCAGGCAUGUUCCCGCUAUGGCCCCCCAUGGGCCCCUUCCCACCUGUCCCACCUCCCCCCAGCUCAGGAGAGGCUGUGGCCCCUCCAUCCACUAGUGCAGCAGCCCUUUCUCGGCCCAGUGGAGCGGCCAGCGCUGCUGCUUCUGCAGCCUCUGCCUCGGCCCCCGGCCCUGGCUCCGCCCCGGCCCCUGAGGCGGGCCCCACCCCGGGCUUCCCCUUCCCGCCCCCCUGGAUGGGCAUGCCGCUGCCUCCACCUUUUGCCUUCCCCCCAAUGCCCGUGCCCCCUGCGGGCUUUGCCGGGCUGACCCCGGAGGAGCUGCGGGCUCUGGAAGGCCACGAGCGACAGCACCUGGAGGCUCGGCUGCAGAGCCUGCGCAACAUCCACACGCUGCUGGACGCCGCCAUGCUGCAGAUCAACCAGUACCUCACCGUGCUCGCCUCCUUGGGGCCCCCCCGGCCUGCCACCUCAGUCAGCCCCACUGAGGAGACUGCCCCUGCAGUUGUCCCUGCUGCCCCCCCCACCAGCAUCCCCAGCUCUGAGACCACCACCCCAUCCCCAGGAGUCUACCCACCAGCCCCUGAGCCUGAAAAGCCUCCAGCUCCUGAGUCAGUUGGCACGGAGGAGCUGCCUGAGGAUGGGGAGCCCGAUGCAGCAGAGCUCCGUCGCCGCCGCCUGCAAAAGUUGGAGUCCCCCGUCGCCCACUGACACUACCCCAGUCCUACCCCUGCCUCCACUCUCUUGAGCAGCCCUUGCUGUAACACAUCCUGCCACCAAGUGCCCGCUCCCUGUCUAUGUGCACCAGGGAGUAACGACCCCCAGCUCUGAGACAAAGGAGGAGGCAUCCCCUAGGCCAAGUGGAAAGACGCCUGAGGCUCCAGUUGACCCCAGCCCUUCCGACCCGGGCAGCCAGGGGGAUCUCGGGUCCGUUCCAGCCUCUCUCCCACCCUUCAGCCUGUUCCGCUGGGGCCGUGAAGGCAGGAGGCGCAGUUUCUGGGAGAAGGGGCAGUCCCUCCAGGCCCCACUUGUGUGUGUGUGUGAGUGAAAUCGCUUCAGUGC